UUAAGCAGUGAACUGUUUUUUUUUUUUAUCAAGGAACAUUAUUACUCAUCAGAUGGGACAGGUUUUAUACAAAACCGGUUUAGGUAGAUUCAACGCCAACUCCCUCAGCAGCAACGAAAAUAUCGCCAAAGAUACAAACUAUGUACAACAAGAUUUCAAAAGUAUGGCUGCUAGUCCAAGAGAAGAUCCAGCAGCAUGCUUUGAAAGCAACCUCGCUCUCAAACUGUUUCGUUAUUGUGUUGGUCAAGGCAAAUCCCUUGACCUAACGCAGAACUUUGAAAAUUUCACCGCAGAUGCAACGUGUUACAAUGCGUUGCUAUGUUUGCUGGACAUGCUACCUACCAUGGGAAAGCAUCGGACAUCAGCUAAAAAUGCCCGCCAAAAUUUCAUCAACGAGAUAAAAAUCGGUGAUAGUUUGGAAGCAUACUUGGAAUCUUGCCAGCAAGAGAACAAAAAGCUCGAAAGGUUUCAGCCGUACAUUUUAAAAAUGGGUGCUACUGAGUAAGCAUCCUAUUAUACUAUCUGUGAUGGUCGUGCCUUGUUAGUGAAGCCAUCGAAAGCUGCUAAUGCUCUUUCAGAUUUAUU